UCAACAUAUUUUUUGGCUUGUUUAACAUUUGUGUUUCAUUAAAUAAAAAUAUGAUGCAAUAUUUACCAAGUCAUGGGUAUGAGUUAAAUAGUUGUUCUAGUCUUAUAAGAGACUUGGUAUAUGAUCACGGUGGAAAUUUAUCGGUCCAUAUGGAGCCAAAGGUGGCCGAAACGGCCGAGGAAAAGGCUGCGGCUGCUUGUAACCGACAUAGCGAAGCUGAAAGGAGACGCCGGAAGCGAAUUAACGGUCAUCUUGCCACCCUCCGUAGCAUCCUCCCCAACACUGUCAAAACGGAUAAAGCCUCAUUGUUGGCAGACGUAGUGCGACGAGUGAGAGAGCUAAAGAAGAUGGUUGCAGACCUUGAAUCAAAGGCUAUGGAUGAAUGUGACAAUCAAAUGAUACAAAACAAUGAGUACUAUAUGAUUCCAAGUGAAAAUGAUCAACUAGAGUUGACAUACAUUGGAGAAGAUUCUAGUACUAAUAAGAUUAUGGUCAAGGUCCGUAUGUGUUGUGAGGAUAGGCCUGAUUUGAUAGUCGAGUUAACGAGGGCAUUGGGUUCGGUACGUGGGAAAUUAGUACGAACAGAGAUAGGGACAUUGGGUGGGAGAAUAAAAUGUAUGUUGUGGGUUCAAGUCUCGUCAGUAACAAAAGAACAAGGGUUACUUGAGCUAAAAAGGGCGUUUAAAGUUGUUAUCGAUCGGGCAACUUUGUUGGAUUUGCCUCGAAACAAAAGGCCACGUCUUUUGGAUUGUGUGUAAUUUUGAUAUUUUGAUUUAUUUUUGGAGGCAAUGAAAAUGUGAGAUGUGCGGGUACUAGGCUUGAUAUAUGAUGGUAUUUGUGGGCUCUUUUUAUUGAUUAUUGAUGUAUAUGUGUAGUUUUUGUUGUUUAUUCCAACUCGAUGGUUAGACUAUAUUAGAGUUUUUGUU